UACCUUUUUCCUCUCUUUCUCUUUGCGUCCGAUCAUGAAGAACCGAGAGACGAGUCGAGGUGUCUCCGGGAGACUUUCCCGAGCGGCUGCCGCGGGGGAGAGACGCUCGAAGAGCGAGAACUCAGCUAGUGUUGGUCAACGACGCCCGCGCCUCCCCCGUCGGAGUGACCAGCCCGGCGCGUAUUCCGCGGCCGCGGGCGCUAUAAGUCGCGGCGGGCGACCCCGCGCCAGUGAGGACGCGUUCGUGUUGGCGCGAGGACGCGCGGGUACCGUCGGAGCCGGAGCCGGAGCCGGAGCCGGAGUCGGAGCGGAGGGCGAGACCGACGACGACGUGGUGUUGCGACUGCGGCCAGAGGAACGUGAUCCGCACGCGCCCGCGCGCUACCGAAUCCACGAGCCUUUCCGCGGUGUGCUGCGCGAGCCGCUCGCGGGCUCCGUCGUAAAUGCUGCCAAGCACCGCGACAUCGCGCCUCCGAGCCACUGCACCGUCGCGAGACAGGUGAGAGUAACAGUGGAUCUCGCGGCGUCCCCCAUCGCUACAGCGGCAAUCUGCAUGAAGGGCACCAGAUAGGACCACGCGAAAGGAUGAGGCGGACCGAUCAUGACGGCCACGCUGCGCGGCAAGGCCCGCCGCCCUUCAGGGUGCUGGCCGCCUCCGACGGCGCUUACCUGUCGCCGGUGCCUCCAUCCUCGACGCCACCGCCGCCGCCGCGCGCACCCGAGCCCUACAAGGUCGCCCCAUCUACGACAUCCUUCGGCAGGGCGCACCGCCGCUCCAGCUUCGUGAUCCUCGCCGAGUCCAGGCCGGCGACACCGGAAGCCGACGGUGCCUCGCCUCCUCUACCUACCGGCAGGGUCUCGCCCUUCCGCGGCCGCGGCUUCAAGGGACCACCGCCUCGCUCGACCUCGAGGCCGCAGUCCCCGGAGGCCGCCUCCGCCGCGGACGGACGUCGACGCGGCAGAGUCGAGCGCAGAGCCUCGGUGUCGCAGCAGAACAGCCCCAGGAGAAGCCUGAUACCGCAGCCCACGUACCGUCAGCGGUCCACCUCGCUGACGAAAGCCAACGACCAUUCACCGUCGCCGAAGAUCGGCCGCCGGGUCGACUCGAAGACGCGGCUGAACGUCUCGAACUCGCGAGAUCGGUUGAACGCGACCAACGCGAGGUCGACGCCGCGGCUCAACGAUUCGAGGACGCGUUUGAACAAGUCCGACUCCAGGAGCCGUACGAAUCUCGGCGAGCCCAGGGCCCGCUUUAUCUCCAAUUCCACCAGCAACCUCAGCAGCAACCCCACAGCGACGCGCCGGCAGACGAUGAGAAUGUCGACGCGGCUCUCGCCGAUCCAAGGCACUCCGACGAAGCCGGAGAAGACGACGACCACGCAGCCCUCGUUGAGAGGAGAUCGCUCGAGGGACUCUUUAAAAGCCGCAACUUCCGCGAAGACACCGAGGACGUCGCCGCAGAAGAACAGCGUCAGCAGCCGAAGAGACCACCAGAACCGAAACACCAGCAGGGAGCGCGUCGUCUCGCCGUCCAAGAUCCCUCUGAAGACGGCCAGGAACGGCUCGUUCAACACGUCGUCGUCGUCGUCGUCGUCGAAUACCGGUCGGUUCAUCACGAUGCCCGAGCAGGCCUCGGAAGCAGCGAAGAAGACGAGUAAAGCGGACAGAGCAGUGAAAGAAGGAAGAGGCGACAAGCAGCUUGGUGAAUCGGUCGAGAUCGGCCAAUCGGCUGAAGCGAGCUCGAGGGAAGUCCAGCUGAACGGCGACUCGUCCGGCCAGAUGGACGAGGUGGAUCUGAUGGACCUGCUGAAGCAGUCCUCCUCGCACACGAUCGCCACGUCCAGCGAGCGUCUGGUGAACACCACCACGAGCACGGCGGUGAAGCCGCUCGUGCAUGUCGACGCGAACGCGCUUCUCGUGGAGCGCAACGACGGGUCGAUCGCGAGCCAGCCGAGGGAACGCGACGCGACCAAGUCUUCCACCUCGCCCACGUCCAAGGACGAGUCGCCGGAACCAGUCUCGGCGAGCCAGAACGCGGCUCCGACGAGCCACAGAGCCGCACCGACGACGGACAGUCAGCCGGCCAGGGCGCAUCAGGCCGGUAAUUCGGGGAACGAGAAGAGGGAUUCGCCCGUCGGCGCGGAGAGCACCGGGGGACCGCACUCGAAGACCGGCAACCAAGCCACGAGGAAUGUCUCCAGGACGAAUGGCGAAGCUUCGACGCAGCAGCGUUCCAGCAAUCAGUCUUCCGCUAAUCAGCGUCCCGUCAAGAACAGCCAAGGCAAUCGCGGACCUAAGCCGAGCGAGUCCAGUAAGGUCUCGGAGGAGCCGGAAGCGACCCCGACUCCGUCGGCGGAGGUCAAGAGCGGCCCUGCUGGCGGCAAGGCAGCCGGCGGUCGCGACGCUCCGGCGAACGACAGGAUGUCGACGCUGAUGGAGAGCAACGACGCGAAGGUGGCGAGAGCGAGCGAGCAGGUGGAGGCGAAGAACGCGGCGGCGAUGAACAGCGUGAACAGCGUGAACACCGUGAACACGGUGAGCAACGGCGCGACGGCGAACAGCAGACGGACGACGAACAGCGCGGCGAAGAGCAACGACAAGCACGCCAGCUUCGCGGCCGGUGCAGUGAACGCGAGUGUGAACGCGAGUGGUGCGGUCCUCCGAGCGAGGAACGAGAACCGCGGCAGCGACGCGUCCUUGAAGUCCUCCACCGGCGUGUCCACGGACUCCAUCGAGAGCGUGAGGUCGACGGACACGGGGGUGAGCGUGAACACGGUCAGGGGGGUGUCCUCGCCGAGGGAGAAGACCGGGGUGCACAUGGUGAAGCGGCAGGAAAUCGAGACACUCAGCGGGAACAUCGUCUGCGUCGAGCAGAACGGAGAGCCUGCGGUCCUGGCCUCCAGCAACGAGAAGCAACCUAACAGCGAGAGGCUGCUGGCGCGUUGGGGAAGAUCUCUGAGUCGCUACUGCAAGUGUUGUCCCGGCAUGAGGUGUUUGGCGUGUCGCAGAGACCCCAAGGGCCUGCUCUGGACGAGGAAUCAAGGGCGGCUAACGGUGAUCAGCGAUUCACCGCCGCCUGUUGUCGCGGCCACGCUCGACGUGCUACCGUCGACACCGCCGCCAUCCGCGACCAACGCAAACGCGUCGUCCUGUUGGUCGAAGCUGAAGACGCGAUGCAGAUGCACCCGACUGCGAGAAUUCAAGUGGUGCGCGCGGAGAUCCAGGGUCGCUCCCGCCGAACCUACCGUUUGCUGUCCGCCGGAGAGGAGAUUCCGUGCGAUCUGUCGCCGCAUGUUCGGCUGCUGCAGCUGCAAACGCGCGGAGAAGCAACAACGCACAAGAAACGUACGUGCCAAGCACAGCCUCACGAGCGUGGCGCCGCCGCCUUUGUCGGAGGAACCGAAGGCCAAGAUACCGGACGUCCUGGUGGAGCACAAUUCCGUCAUGCGCGGCGCCAUUCCGUGUCUACCGGUUCCUCUCGCCUGGUUCUGCCUGGUGUGGAACGUCUUGCUACCGGGCUUUGGAACUGUUUGGAGCGGCCUGUUCAACCUAUGCACUGGACAGCCGAGAUUUUCUCCUGUCGCUGGACUGAAAUCACGACUGGGUGCAUUUAUCGUGAAUCUCGUCGUGGGUGUAGGCCAACUAUUCACCGUUCUAUUUUGCCUCGUCGGAUGGGGCUGGAGCAUUUGGUGGGGCGUCACGAUGGUCCGCUUAGCCAGGAAGUACAAGCGGUUCAAGGCUUCGGAAGCCGCUAGCAACGACCCCGAAGCCAGAGGAGGAGGUGAAGCAGCCCUGCCUCCUGGUGUACCGAGUCAAACUCUGCGAGGGAUAGAGAGGGCACGAUGAUGCGCCCUCGGCGAAAGGGAGGGCGUGACCCUUCUGCGAUCAUCUAAGGAUAUUUAAGAAGAUCUCCUUCGACGUUCUGUAUCCUCGUGCUCCGUUUAUUGUCAAUCGCGAGAGCGUAUCGGGAAAGCAUGUCUCGAUUUGUCACGAGGAGAUUUCAGUCUCGCGACCGAGACUCUCGAGCGUCUCGUGCGAACGAAGCUUGCACGAGCAAAGUUCGCACGAGGACGAGACACUGCGGGACGGUUCAGUCGGCGAAGAGCGUCCGACUAACCGGAAAGCUCGGCGCAAUAACAUGUUAAGCUCGCAGGGAACGGCGGGCGAUCGAAGAAGGCCGUAAAUUAUUAACGCGCUCCGAGAACAUUUCUGCAUUUUUAUUCGUCGCGCAACCGGACGUUCCUAGCUAUCUCCGGUAGGAACGGGGUUUUUUUUUUCUUGGAAUUCGGGUAAGGAACACGAUAUAAGGCUCACGAUAUUGAGGUUUUCCCCCCUUUUUCUCUUUCUCUGGUCCGGUAUGUUAUUGCGCCGAGAUUUUCGAUUUCGACGCACGUGAGGGAUUCCUCGAGAAUAUCACCGAGAUUCUUGUGCAAGGUGUCUGUAAAGUCUCUGCUCUUUGUCCUUCUCCAAUCGACGGCCUCCUCCAUGUCGCAGAAAAUUCAUCUUUCAAGAGACACGAACGACAAUCUUCUUCUUUAACGGUACUUUGAACAAAUUAAUCUUAAGGCAGGUAAAUUUAGAGAGAUCUCCCGCGAGAGGCUGCAGUUUGAGGUAGAGAGACAGCGCAAAGUUUGGCGGGUCAACCCCGCGAUAAUUCGUUUGGACACAUCGCGGAUUUAAGGAUCUUCGUACAAAACAGACAGAGACUUUGUCGAGCACCCUGUAUUUUUCUACGCAGCGGAAACUUUCGUUCCCGUCGGAACGAAAGUCCGAUUUUUGUAAAGCCGGCGCCAGCUAGCCAGCGCGCACGCGCCAAGCUAGCGGCCUAUUAUGAUUCGAGAAGAGAAGUCCUUGAAGAUUAAUCGCUUUCAGUGAAAGCAUCAUUGCCGAGGCGUUUUUCCCAAAUGUACUCGUCGCGUCGAUGAGCACGACUUUGUGAGAAGGAAGAAGGAAAACGAAAUAGACAUUCGCCGUCGCGGACGUCGAAAUUUAGAAGCGCGGCGACUGAACGGACGGCGUCUGAAAUUUCUGGGAUACGUCGAGAUAAAAGGAUAUGUCCAUGUAAUUGACCAUAACCGCCAUUUUAUGGACACAUUCUUUCAAUCUGACGCACUGAAUGAGAAUUCUUCAAAUUCAUCUUCUCGUUGCUGACGUUAGGAUUCAAGAUAGUCGCGGCGAGGAACCAGCAACCUGAAAUUUAAAGAGGGAGGUCGGACAUUUCUUUCAUGGGCACAAUGCACGGACGCCAGGAUCGAUGGGACAAGUACGUUUUGAGAAAACGCGCUUUAUAUUUUUACAAGCGCAACGUACACAUACACACGAGUACUAAACUACCCGAUUGAACUUAUAUAUACUUAUUACGCUCGCUCUUGUAAAUAUGGAAAUAUAUUACUUACAUCAAUUUUUCAUGUAA